GUCUGUAGUUACAAAAGUGGUGAGCAUUAUGUCAGGAUUUACUGCCUGCUCUGUGCUCUCCAGAUGUUUCUUGGGCAGAGAAGCAAAGAGAUACAAGCAAAAACGGAAGGAUACUGUGAUGUGAAUAUUACUUUUCUGCCAGCUCAAGCUCUCAAAGCUUUUUUUGGGUGCCUGCUUGGGACCCCUUGCACAUUCCUGUGACAAGUGCAAAGCAAGCCAACUUGGCACUCAGUUGAGGACCAGGGACACUGUGCAGAUGUUUGCUGAAACCAGAAGUUUCCCUCUGGUUUUGCUUUCUCCUUCAGUGCAUCUGACCAUCAGUCUUUGCUUGCCAAGCUGUUUGACAUGGGGUUUUUGGAAUUCAAGGCUCUUAGAUGUGAAUGUUGUGAGUAGGGUGCUGACGCUUCAGGUGAAGCUGGAGGGUCACGCUGAAAAUCUUGAGAGCCUGCAGAGCUGACUCUUGUGAAGGAUGGUGCAGAACCUAGAACUGCUUACAAACAGCAGCAGCAGCAGAAGGGAAAGGUCUUGUGACUUCUUGACAGUGUCUGGGGAUUCUUGCUGCACACUGAUUCUUGCCCACUUGUCCAGUCACCUCUGUAACCUGUCAAGGAUCUUUUUGGCUGAUCCUUCUUCCUUUUUAAAGAGUGCCCAGAUAUUUGGGCACUGCAGCUUAGUUAGGCAAAAAUAAAGGUAGCAAGUGGUCUUGUUCAUCCAAUUCCAGUAAUUUAAUUGGCUGGAUAUCUGUCCCUCCUCCUAGAGAGUUCUUGUGCAGAUAGAAACCUACUUCUGGUUUCCUACUCAUGCUGCUAGAAGCCAGAGGUUUUGCUAUAUGGUUUGGUGAAUUCCUUUAGUCCCUUUUACUUAGAGAGUGCCUGGCCAACAAAGUACCUCUACGUCCACUAUGAAUGGCAUGAAGCAUUGAGGAGUCAGCCAGGAGAGCCCUGUUCUGUCCUGCACCUGCAGAGUGACUUGGAAGUGCUGAUGAGCUCAGGGCUGUGAGCAGAGGCUGGGCUUUUGUCCCUUUGCAGAUACUUGGUGGGCACACCCAUGUGUGAUAGGUCAGGCAACAGCAAUUUCAGCUUUGGUUGCUGAGACCAAACUGAGCUGGGCUAGGUCAUGAGGAAAGGCUGCCCAGUCACCUGGAGGGGCCUGCUUUGCUAUGUAAAGUGGCAAAAUAGUCCUGCUGUAUCUGAGUUUCCAUGCAAGCCAUUUUGCGUACUAAGGUGUAGGGAUCUUAAGGACAUCUUACUGCAGAGUCUGCCCGUGUGUGCCAGGAGCAAUUGCUCUUCAUCUUCACGCCUUGUAGGUCAGAGAAGGAGAGCCUGCAAAGCAGCCUGCUGGAGGCUCAGCAGCACAUAUGGGAGCUGGAGAUGGCCAGGAGCCGUGUGGAAGCCCAAGUGUGCAGGGCCAGGCAGGCCAAGGAGGCGAUACUGGAGGAUGUGAGGGGCCUUCGUCGUGAGCUGCUGGCUGUAAGAGCGCUCAGCCAGCAGCAAUGUGAAGACAUGGCUGAACAGCUCCGCUGGGCACAAGAGCAGUGCUGCAAGGCUUUGAGACUCUGGCAGUCUGCCCAGGAAGAGGAAAAAAGGAAUCUCGUGCAAGAACUGGAGAGACAACUGGAAGAGCAGCAUGUGGAGGCACGGAAGCAGCUGGAGGAACGGGCAAACUUCCUGGCAGAGGUGCUGCAGGAAGAGCAGCGUCAGAAGGCUGCUGUCAUCCACAAGGUGUACCAGCUGCAGAGAGAGCUGAAGCAAAGUGAGCAGCUGAGGCAGAGGCUGAAUGAGCAGUGGCAGAACGGGCAGGUCAUGCUGCAGGAAGCUGAGAGGAAGAUGAGGGCAAUGGAGAAGAGGCACCAAGAGGAAAUGGAAAGGAUGCACAAGGUCCUGCUGCAGUGCAGGCUGGCUGAAGAAAAGCAGGUGGACGCAGGAUCUGCCAUCGAAGCUGCUGGUGCAGCAGCAUCCUGCCAAGAAGCCUCCUCUCCACAGCCUGAAAACCAGAGCAUGAGCAGCUCGGCCCGCUCAAGCCAGGAGAGAGAGAAGCAGUUCCUGAAGCUGCUGAGGUGUGUGGUGAGUGUGGAAGAUCCAGAAAAGAAGUACACUGGAUGGGAACAUCUUGGCAGUGGCUACCUUGUGGAUGAGGCUGUCCUGCUGGUGUUGGAAUAUAUGGAUGGAGGCUCCUUAGCUGAUGUGGUCACCGUGAGAAGGAUGGCUGUAGGACACAUAGCAACAGUGUGUCGGGAGUGCCUGCAAGGCCUGGCUUUCCUUCAUGCCAAGCAGGUGAUCCACAGAGACAUCAAAAGUGACAACAUCCUUCUGGGCCGGGAUGGCUCCGUCAAGCUGGCUGAUUUUGGCCUCUAUGCUGUGCUCAGCCCUGAGCACAGGAAACGGAGGUCGAUGGUCGGGACCACUUACUGGAUGGCACCCGAGGUGGUGAGAAGAGAGCCUUACAGCCCCAAAGUGGACACCUGGUCCCUUGGCAUCGUGGGAAUAGAAAUGGCCACAGGAGAGGCUCCUUAUAUGCAGGAGACCAGUGUCAAGGCCAGCUACCUGAUAGGCAAGCAAGGGGUUCCAAAUCUGCACCAGCUCAGGCUACCCCCUGGCUUGUGUGAAUUUCUGGGCUGCUGCCUGCAGAUGGAUGUGGACAGGCGAGGCUCUGCCAAGGAACUUCUGCAGCAUCCAUUUCUGCAAUCAGCGGAGCUUCUCUUAAGCCUCUUCUGACAGCCUGAUUGCUGCCAUCCCUGCAGCAAGGGAAUGCAGGGAGCAAAGGAGAUGACAAGGACCACUUCAGCACUGGAGAACAGAGCCUCUGAGAGCACGUAGGAAUCCAGAGGAGAGAGGGGCCGGGAAAGAGGCAGCCAUCAGAUCAGGAAAGGAAGGAGCUGGAAGGGCAGCAUUUGGAGGCACAGCAGCUGCUGGCAGCAUGGGCAAACUUCCUGGCAGAGGUAGAGAAGGAGCAGGAGAAAAGGCUGCUUGAGAUGAAGCAGGAAGUUGCCACCAUGCAAGCUGACCAAGAAGAGAAAAUACGGAGCCAUUGUCUCUUUGGAGCAACGCCAGCACUACAAGGAUGACUUCAAUGCAGAAUAUGAGGAAUAUCGGAAUUUAUAUUUAAAGAUUGACAAGACCAUCAAGAAGUUCAGACAUUUUCAGGAACAAUGGAAGUCUCUGACUCCAGGCUCCAAAGCCCAUCAGAUGCCGCAUCAUUGAGUCCCAGCAGAUUAUCAGCAGUUACAACAGGGUAGCCCCAGCUACUCUGAAAUAAGGAGCAGGUGCCAGUACCUCCACAAGAAGUUGGCCCAUAUUCAGAGCUGCAUUUCUGAAUUUGAGCAGCAGUGAGUGGAGUACUGGCACCAGACAUCUGCUUCAACAGAGGAACAUCUUUGAACUCAGGAUUUUUCACUUCAACGGAGGAUUAGGAUGUUUUGGAUUAUUUAAGUUAGUACAGAACCUUAGGCUAUGUUAGCACUUUGGAGUAGAUGAUUUUUUAAAAAUGUAGGAUUAGUUCAUAGAAGUUUAGUAAUUUUAAGAAGUUGAAAGAUGAUAGUAUUGAAUAUUAACAAUAAAGAAAUGUCACUAUUGGUAAUUCCAUCUCUCAAUGUUGAUUGUAUCAUGUUUGGAGUGGCUUUUUGCUGGUGAAUUCUUUUCUUCAAGACUUACGUUUGUCCAUUGAAAUAAAUUGAUCAGUAGAGGGUGGAAGCCCACUACUUCUACUAUGAAGUGCUCAUUUUAAGAAAAUAUUGCAGUUGGUGGAAAUUCUUUAUGAUAAGUGUAGGGGUGUUUUUGACCUUUCUUAUUAAUUCAAACUCUUUGCCAAAGUUGUCAAAGGCUUAGAAGUUUGGACAACCCUGUCCCCAAAUGACCUCGUUUUGGAGGGUUACAGAGGAGUGCACAUGGGCUGCUCUAAGCUGUCAGCUGAAGCAGCUCUCAGGACUGCUUGGAGAUCAUGGCCUCGCCUUCUCAGUGAGCCAGGGAAGAUGCAGAUCUCUGUAAGAGUUUUCUAAAACACUUGGAGAAAUGUUGGAGGCAAGGUACUUCAAUGGAUUUUAAAAGG